UAUUUUGGGCCCUAAUCGGAUCUAUUGGAGUGGUGAGGCAAAAAGGCAAGCAAGCAAAGAGCAGACACUUUCCUCCUCCUCCUCCUCCUCCUCCUCCUCUGCAUCACCAUUCACGAAGGUAGAACUGACUCCAUAACUCUCGAAGCUUAUACCUUUACUCCCGUUGUUGUUGGACAAUGAAGAAGGGAAUACAUCCACAGAUGCAAUGGAUCUCUUAUGUGACACAGAGCGGUAGAUUGAUGCACGUCAUGAUGACUAGAAUCCACCAUGUUGGCAAAGUCUAUCACUUUGGUGCUAAGCGUCAGCUGGCUCAGAGCAUUGGUCAGAUUGCAAAGUUCAAGCGUAGGUUUAACGAGCAAGAGGAAGAACCUACCCAUGACAACAACAACAUCCAGAACCAGAAGAAGUAGUCCAACUCUUGUUUACCUUUCCUCAAAAAAAACAAUCUGAAAAAGGAAAGGCUUUUCAUUUAUACAAGGCACUAUGAACCUUGCUUUUACUUUUCCUGUUUGAUUUUCACAGUUCUGGAGUCUCACUGUUGUUUACAAACAUCUAUGAAGUUUGAAUCAUUCACUA